UUGCCCGAGGAUCUGUCGUUGUGCACGUUUCAUAUUGACACGCGACUGCACCGACUGUUCAACUGAUACGGACACCUUGCAAUUAACCGGGACCCAACUAAAAUGACAGCGUUGACAAGACAUGAGCUGAUAUUAAUAAAACAUAGCUGCGGUCUGCGGGCGGAAGGCGCUUCCGGUCAGCCGGCGCCGACGGAUGACAGCGACGGCCUGGAGCAGGCUGCAGCGCACAUUGUUGCGGGUCGCUACAUCCAGGCCCUGCAGGCGUCGCCCGCCCUACGCCAGCUGUUGGACUGUUCCGCAGCCGCCGCACCCACCACCGGUCCCUCGGGUGAAGCCCCGGUGACUGACGCGGAGUCGUACUUUGCGGUCGUGAGCGCCCGGGCAGUGGCGGCGGUGGAACAGGCGUCAGCGUCAGCGUCAGCGUCAGCAUUUGGGUCGGGCGCGGAGGCGGGGGCGGGGGCGGCGGGCACGCGGCGGCUACACGCCGUGCUGUUGGCGGGCGUGGCGUGCCUACACGUGUUCCAGCAGCACAACUUGACGGGGCCCACAUGCGACCCCUCGCCCCCGCCGCCGCCGCCCUCCCCGCUGGACCUGUUUGCCCCGCCCGCGGCCGCCGCCGCCGCAGCGGAGGUCCCGAAGCGGCCGGCCGGCAUCUCCCCCGCCGCGGCCUUUGCCGCCUCCGCUGCAACGGCUGCCGCCGCGGCGGCCACCGGGGCUGCGGCCGCGCCUGCGGCUGACCUGGGUGCGGCGGCGCCGACGCUGCCUUCGCCGCCGGGCGCCGCUGCGGGCAGCGGCGAGGACGGCUUGGGCGGGCUGGCGGUGGACUGCCAGUGUGUGGGCGACAAGUGGGCGGUGCGGGAGCUGCAAAUUGACGGUGAGGACCUGGUGGGUCGCUGCCCCGCCGUGCAGUGGCUGCUGCUGGCACGGCGGCUGCUGGUGGCGCCCCUGGGGCUGGCCAGCCGCCCCCCCUCAGAGCUGACGGAGGCAGGGCUGGCGGCGGACGGCAGUGGCAGUAGCAGUAGCGCUGAGGGGGCGGCGGCCGCGGCAGUAGCAGACGCAGCGCGCGGGAGCACGCAGGAGCGGGAGGAGCAGGCGGAGAGGGAGCGGCGGCGGCUGGGCGGGCUGCUGAGCGGCGGGCUGCUGCCGGGGUCGUGGUCUUGGUGGGCGCUGCGGUGUGUGAUGGGGCAGCAGCACGCGCUGGACGGCCGCAGCCACACGCUGCUGACGGAGGCGUCGCAGCUCACAACGGCCCUGGCGGCGCCCGAGUCGGCCUGGGCCGCGCCCGCCGACCCGCUGCGCCGCGCGCUGUCGGGCGUGCUGCACGUGGAGCUGGGCCUGGCGCAGCUGGCGUACGGCUACCCGGAGGGCGGGCGGCAGUACCUGGGCCGCGCGGGGGCGCUGCUGGGGCUGCAGCCGCAGCUGGGCGGCGCGCUGGGCACACGCACCGUGCACCAGGUGGAGGCCAAGGCCCAACUGGUGGUGGUGGCCAACCAGUCCCAGCGCGCCGCGCCGCCCAGCAGCAGUGCCGGUGCCGAUGGCGGUGCUGGCGCCAGUGCUGGCGGGCAGGAGGCGGCGGAGCUGUGUGCGGAUGUGCCGUUGUCGCAGAUUGCAGGCCUGUCUGACGGCUCCGGCCCCCAGGCGGGCGGCAACCGGGAGCUGGAGGGCCUGGCGGACGAGAGCGACGUGUUCGCGGCACCGCGGCUGGUGGCGGCGGACGGGGCGGCGCUGGAGACGCGGUACUCGGGUCCGGAGCAGGCGCUGCUGCUGGGCUGGGCCACAGCUGUGAAGAAAGCCACCAGCGCCGACGACCUGCAGCAGUGGCAGGUGGCGCCCUGGGUGGAGGCGGUGCUGGGGCAGCCGGCGGGGCAGUUCAUGACGGCGGCGGCAGCCAAGCUGUACAAGACGCGGCACGAGCGCACGCGCACCCGCACCCGCGAGCGCGCCCUGCUCCACGCCGACCAGCUGAACGAGGCCGUGUCCGCCGCCGGACUGCUGGCCACAGCGGGGGCGGCAGCCGCCAUGGGGGCGGCGAAGGAGGAGAAGAAGGAGGAGAAGGAGAGGAAGGAGCAGGAGGCGGUGGCGGCGGCGGCGGAGGCGCUGGCAGGGCAGCGCUCGGCGCUGAGCUGGAGUGUGUGGUUCCCGCUGCAGGUGCGGCUGCGGCGGGAGACCGGCGAGCACUACAUUUCGAUGGGCCUCGUGGGCGCUGCCAUCCGCGUGUUUGAGUCUCUCGAGCUGUGGGACAAUGUGAUCACCUGCUACCGCCUCACCGGCAAGAAGGCGCUGGCGGAGGAGCUGGUGCAGAGGAGGCUGGCGGUGACCCCCGACGACCCCAGGCUGUGGUGCGCCCUGGGCGACAUGCACAUGGACGACAGGUACUAUGAGGAGGCGUGGGCACGCAGCGGGCGCCGCAACACGCGCAGCCAGCGCUCCCUGGCGCGCAACGCCAUGCGGCGCAAGGACUACCCCAAGGCCGCGGGCCACUGGGAGGCGGCUCUGGCGCUCAACCCGCUGCACCCCGAGGCCUGGUUCAGCCUGGGCUUCUGCUGGCUCAAGGCCGAGAGGUACAGGCAGGCGCUGAGGGCCUUCACGCGUGUGACCCAGCAGGAGCCGGACAACGGCGAGGCCUGGAACAACAUCGCGGCGCUGUGGAUGCACCUGGGCGGGUACAGGCCCGCCUUCACCGCCCUGUCCGAGGCGGUCAAGCACAAGCGCGACAGCUGGCAGACCUGGGAGAACUACGCCCGCGCCGCACUGGCCAGCGGCCACUACCAGCCGGCAGUGCGGGGCGUCACCAUGGCGCUGCAGCUGUCGGGCGGCCAGCGGCUGUUCCUGGACGUGGUGGCGGGGCUGCUGGAUGUGCUGGAGGGCCGCCCGCCGCCCGCGGACGCCGGCACCAGCCCGGAGGCGGCGGCGGCGGCGGCGGCGGAGGGGCUGGCAGGGCUGACGGGGCUAGGCAGCGGGGCGGCGGCGGCGGGUGCUGGUGAUGAUGAGUCGCUCAAGGAGGACGAGAUGGCUCUGGGUGUGCCGCUCAUGCCGCUGCUGGCGGACAUGCCGCUCCCCGACACACAACAGCAGCAGCAGCAGCAGGACGGCGAGGGCGACGCCUCCUGCUCCUCCACCCCCUCCGCCUCCUCCGCGGCCGCGGCCCAGCCUGCCGCCGCCUCCUCCAGCACCCAGCAGCAGCAGCAGCAGCAGCAGCAGCAGCAGCAGCCGGCGCCGCUGCUGUCGGGUCGCGAGCGGGAGCUGGUCCUGGCCGGCCUGGGCGGGCUGCUGCGCGAGGCGGUGAACAGCCCGGCCGCGCAGCCCGCCACCUGGGGCUGCCUGGCGCGGUACUGGGCGGCGCGCGGCGAGCGCGAGAGCGCCAAGGAGGCACGGCUCAAGCAGGUCCGCGGCCUGGCGGGCGGCGCCUUCAAGUCCGACCCAGCCAAGUUCGCCGAGUACGCCGCAGCCAGCGAGGCCCUGUGCCAGGCGUACCUGGACAGUUACCGGGCGGCGGUGGAGAAGGAGAAGAAGGAGAAGGAGGAGCAGGAGGAGGAGGAGGGCGGUGCGGCCGCCAAGCCGGUGCCCACCAAGGACCUGGCUGCGGGCCGCAUGCACCUGCGUGGCCUACUGCGAGCCACGCAGGAGACCUUCGCCGACCACCCCGCCACACCUCGGCUGCAGGCGCUGUGUGAUGAGAUCACGGCUCUGGAGGACGCCGCAAUCGCCGCCGCCCGCGCCGCCAGGGAGCAGCAGUAGCAGCGGCAGCAGCAGCAGGCGCUGUAGCAGUCAGAGCAGCAACGGCAGUAGCAGUGGCGGCGGCGGCAGUGGCUAGCUGCAGGGUGGAGAAGCUGUCAAUGGGCGGCAGUAGCGGUGGCAGUAGCAGUGGCGAGGGCAGGCUGGGCAAUGGCCAAUGGUUCUGUCUGGGACUGUUGGCCGGGCGAGGUGCAUGACACCCACAUGGCGGACAUGAUGCUGAUGCGGCAUGCGCGGCAGCGCUGUAGCAGGAUGGCGGGGCCUCGGCAGGGCAAAGGAGGACUAUGAGGAGGGUGCAGGGAAUCCAGGGAUGAGGAUUUGCCAGAGGGUUGUAAAGAAGCUGGACUUCUCUGGGUGGGGGCACGUGGCAGCGGCAUGCGCGUGAAUGACGUAGCAGCGCGGGGCGCGCUUGGUUGCACGUGAAGUGUUAGAUGAGUGAGGUGAGGUGGCGCCGACACCUGAGCAGGUGUUUACUAUUGCAACUGGCCCACUUGGACCGGGAUGGUCAAUGGUGCAAUUGCGCAAGUCCACGUUGUGACUUGUGAGAGUUGUAAAGGGU